CCCACACGCCCUCUCUCUCUCUCUCUCUCUCUCUCUCUCUCAUUUCUCCGAUGAGAAAAUGAAACCAUCUCCAACCACCUCUCUACUCCUCUCCUUGAAAACGAAUUCCGCGGCUUACGAUUCCGAGGAAGUUCAUGAAGCCUCGCAAUUCCUCGCCGACUUCGUCACCCGGGAAUUCAAUGCCUUCCUCUGGAUUUCCCUCAUCGCCAUCACCGCUCUGCUGCUCCUCAAAGUCCUUAGCCUCUUCAUCCUCUGGGCCCGGGCCCGCAGCAUCCCUGGCCCUCCCUGCCCCUCUUUUUACGGCCACUCCAAGCUCAUUACCCGCCAAAAUCUCACCGAAGUCCUAUCAGUUUCACACAAGAAGUAUGGAUCAGUUGUCAAGCUGUGGUUGGGUCCUACACAGCUUUUGGUGUCAAUAAAGGAUCCAACGCUUAUCAAAGAGAUGCUUUUAAAGGCUGAGGAUAAAUUGCCUUUGACAGGGAGGGCAUUCCGUUUGGCUUUUGGACCAUCAAGCCUCUUUGUUUCAUCUUUUGACCAGGUGCAAAGGAGAAGGGAAUCAUUGGCGACAGAAUUAAAUGGGAGAUUGAUUGAGAGAGCUACUGUUAUUCCUACAAAGGUUGUGGACUGUAUCAUGGAGAGAAUACACACAUUCAUGACGAAAGGCAGUAUUGAUUGCAAAAUAGUUUCUCAACAGAUGGCUUUUACCUUAUUGGGAGCCACACUUUUUGGAGAUACAUUCUUGGCUUGGUCCAAGGCAACUAUUUAUGAGGAGCUCCUCAUGAUGAUUGCUAAAGAUGCUUGCUUUUGGGCCUCAUAUGGUGUUACUCCCUUCUGGAAACGGGGAUUUUGGAGGUACCAGCGAUUAUGCACAAAAUUGAAAUUCUUAACUCAAGACAUUGUUCAACAGUGCCGAAAGAACUGCAGGCUUUUUUGUCACAUGGAUGGAAACCUUCAUAAUGGAAUUACAAACAUGGGAAGGGAAUCUGCAUCUGGUGCACCAUCUUGUUGUGGUGUUGCUAUGCCAGAUAACUUUUCCUUACAUGAGCUUAAUGGCGAUCUUAAUGCAAGAGAAGAACCAUGUGGAAAUAUCAUGGGGGUGAUGUUCCAUGGAUGCCUAACUACAGCGGGUUUGAUUGGUAAUUUGUUGGAGAGGCUUGUUACACAUCCAGAAAUACAGGAUAAGAUUUACUCAGAGAUAAUUAUGACAAGGAAUGGGUCAAUGAAACAGGACCAACAUUGUGUUGAUAAGAUGGUCUUAUUAUUAGCAACUGUUUAUGAAUCUGCCCGUCUUCUGCCAGCAGGGCCUUUGCUACAGAGAUGUUCUUUGAAACAUGACUUUACUCUCGAAACUGGUGUAACCAUACCAGCUGGAGCAGUACUGGUUGUGCCUGUCCAGUUGGUACAUAUGGAUGAUGCUAGUUGGGGGCAAGAUGCCAAUGAAUUCAAUCCAUAUCGUUUUUUGUCAAAGACUGGAAAUGGAUCUGAUUUGGUGCUUAAUGGGUCAUCUACAGGGAAUGCUGAAAAAGUUGUAAAUCCAGGAGAGAGCUCCUUCAUCUUAAAUGAUCCAAAUGACAAUGCAGCAUUUCUUCCCUUUGGUUCCGGCACACGUGCCUGUGUUGGUCAGAAAUUUGUAAUUCAAGGAGUUGCGACAUUAUUUGCAUCGUUCCUUGAACGCUAUGAGAUAAGGCUCCAGUCAGGAUCUCAGAGUGACUCAAAACCAACGAUGAAGAACAGUGUUCCUCAGCUUUUUUCUAGUCCAGAGAUAGUUUUCAUAACAAGGAACAGCUGAAAGGAAAGAAACCAAAAACUUGCUGUGGACCAAGUGUUUCUGCAUAAUCACUUAUCAGUCUUUUCCUUUAUGCCUUUUCUUUUUCCUUUUCUUGUCAAAGUUGAUGGGGAAGUGUUUUUCUUUUAAUUACUUUUUUUUCUUUGCUCAUUAGCUGUCAAAUUGGAGGAUGUUACAUGAGUAGGUUAUAGUAACUCAUGUUUUUUUCCUCCCUCUUUUUAAGCAGCUCAAGUGCUGAAUCAUUGCCAUGACAAGUUCUUGUUUUUUUUUUUUUUUUUUUUUUGAAAGUUUGUUUUUGAAGCACGCUGGGCCUAUUUUGCUGCAGAGCCUUGUGCUUUUCUUCCCCCCCCCACAUUUGGAUUUGAUCUCCUUUCUCUUGCUGUUGUAAACAAACACUUUUUACUCCAGAAGGGAGUUUAUGUUGUAUUGUUAUACUUGAAUACAAAAUAAAAUUUGUAUAAUAUUGUUUGUAA